AAAUGGCGAGUUAGAACUCCAAGGAAUCACUACGAAUUCAGUCAGUUUGUUUGACGUUGUACACCAUGCCUUCGCUAACUCUAUUAGUCGAUAGCCCUAAAACAUACCGAAGGGCGCAGGUAGAUAGAAAGAAACUUAUGGCCAGAGGAGCGACCGUGAGUUGGCUGAGCGAACAGCUUAAAGGCAACAGUUAUAUCAUGAUUUUAGACUGCCGUCCUUUUGGUGAAUAUUCUCGUCGUCAUAUACAGGGGGCUAUCAACUUAACCAUUCCAUCACUCAUGUUGAGAAGGUUAAAGAAAGGCAACAAUUUUUCCAUUCCUUCGCUGAUAACGUCCGAAGAAGGGAAAGAAAAUUUCAAGAAAAAUCUACCCAUGGCGAGCUGUGUAGUUCUGUACGAUUCUUCUACCAAAGAUCUAUCAUCUGUUGGACACAACUCGGCGCUAGGGGUCGUUAUUAAAAAGCUCUCCGAAGAAUGCUCGGCCACCAACAUUCGUCUACUUGAAGGUGGUUUCUCGAAAUUCGAGGAGAAAUGUUCAGGUUUUUGCGAGGCUGGCGAGGAGUGCGGGCGUCCCCUUCUCUCUCUGGCCGGACUGACCAUCCAUGAUACCAGAAAUGAACAGUCAACCCAGCAAAAGGCAAAUCUCUCCAGUAAUGUCCCAACAACACCAGACAACAAGAAGAGAGGGAAGAUAGAAAUGGUCGAAAUAUUACCAAGACUAUUUCUUGGAGGGGAGAAGGAAGCGUCCAAUCUAGAUCUCCUGAAAAAGAACAAAAUCUCUCAUGUACUGAACGUCACCCAUGAUCGACCAAACGCCUUCGCCGAUGUCAACGAUUUUACUUACAAAAAUAUACCAGUAGAGGAYAAUUGGAAGGCAAACCUGGCAGAUCUAUUCCCAGAAGCAUUCUCCUUCAUAGAUGAAGGCAGAGAGAAAGGCAACGGUGUUCUAGUUCACUGCCUAGCCGGAGUGUCCCGUUCAGUGACUAUUACCAUCGCUUACCUAAUGUCAGAUCAGGGACUAAACCUCAACGAAGCUUAUGACUUUGUCAAAGCAAGGAAAUCAAAYGUUUCACCUAAUUUUAACUUUAUGGGCCAGCUYCUUGAGUUUGAACGAUCGAUCCGUCCACCACAUACUCCCAGYUCUACAACAAGUACACUGUCUCCUGCAAGUAGUUUAGACGAAAGUGAGCUAGACACAAGUGAUACAAUAUAAUUUAGUUAAAUGAGCACAAUUAUUGAUAUUUAGAGAUGUAAAUUAUACAAUAUAUAUAAGAUAGAAUCAAUAUGCGAUCAAUUGCAUAAAAAAAUACAAUUAUACUGCAUCGGCAGUGCAAGUAACACAAUUUUCAGUGAAAUCAAAGUGUAUUAUACCUUUCUUGCAUAUCAAACUGUUCUGAUUUCAAAAAUUGAUCUUCAACUAAGUGUAUAAAGAAGGCAUUCGCGAAUAUUUUUCUAUUCUAUUUUUCUCUUCAAAUCGCUUUUCUUAACUCGAACAAACGUUCUAGAUUCAAUAACAACUAGUAUUUUCUUUGAGAAAUUAAAUAACAUAUUUUUGUACAUAUAUGUAAAUAAUAGCUAUAUUAAUAAAUUAUGAGAUCUUCAUUGCA